GGAAGGAAGUGGGGCGCUGAGUUCCGAGCGAGUGCGGGCCAGCUCUUACUUCGAUCUCGGCGAUGGUGGGUUGCCGAAGCCACGCCACAGCCACAGCCAACCCAAUGAGCCGCCUCUCUCCCUCCCCGUGAGAUAGAGAUUCUCAUCACUUCGCUCUCACCACUCCUGCAAUACCCACAAAUUUUCUCACCCUGGAGAUCCUCCUAGCGUUCGAUGAAGCCCGUCCGUGGUCUCCAUCCAAAGGGAGGCAACAUGAGGAAAGACAGCAUGACGGGCUACGUUUUGUUCUUCGUGUCCCUGCUUGCAUUGAUCUACACCGGUGAAAGGCUAUGGGAGGAUUAUAUAAUAAAAGUACAGCUGAGUAGUACUGAUCCGAGUAUCAGGCAUCAGGCAAAAGAUACCGUUUCACUGGAUGAAACACUGAGGUUGAUAGACUGCAAAGAGCAACAGAGGAAGUUAGUAGAUGCAGAGCUGGAGUUAGCUGCAGCAAAGAGGCAAGGGUACAAGCCUAUUAACUGUACGAGCGUGAACGGUCACAGAAAAAUAGUUGUAGGCAUAUUCACUAAUUUUGGUGGUCAGUCCCGCCGCACGUCCUCUCGCAAGAAUUGGCUACCUUCUGGUUCUGCACUUAAGGAGCUUGAAAAUGACAAAGGUAUCAUCAUUCGUUACGUCAUUGGUCGCAGUUCAAAUAGAGGCGACAUGCUGGACCGACAAAUUGAUCAAGAAAGCAAAGAAACAAAUGAUUUUUUAAUAUUGGAAGAUCAUGUUGAAAGUGAUGAUGACGUUACACAGAAAACCAGACUUUUUUUCAGCAAAGCAGUUCAUAUUUGGGACGCAGAUUUCUAUGUGAAGAUGGAUGAUAAUAUUGGCCUAAAUUUAGACAUGGUGGCAUCCAUGCUAUCCAAACACCACGACAAGCCCAGAGUAUAUGUAGGUUGCAUGAAAGCUGGGGUGGUUGUAUUUGACCCGAAUGCUCAAUGGUAUGAGCCUGACUGGUGGAAGUUUGGAGAGCAAAAGUCAGAGUACCAUCGACAUGCUGCUGGUCAAGUUUACGUUCUUUCUAGAUCACUAGCACUGCACAUAUCGAUUAAUAGUGCUCAUCUCAAAGAUUAUAAGAAUGAGGACGUAGCAGUUGGAGCUUGGAUGCUAGGAUUGGAUACAGAACACGUUGAUGACCGAAGCCUAUGCUGUGGCUAUAAUUCUGGCGCCGUCUGCUGGAUCCUAUAGCGGUGAGCUUUUUCAUUUAGUUUUUUUUCUUUUGCUUUUCUGUCAUAUUUACAGGAGUGCUCGCUUAUUUUGGAUUAAUGAGUAUUGAAGAGUCUUACAGACAAGCUUUUUUUUCACGGGAGUUAGGAUAUAGUAGCUUGGAUUAAGGUGGUUGCAAGAAGAAUCCCAGAUAGGAAAAGUUGGAGGAGUAAUUUCCUACAAUGAACAUUUCAGGAUUUAGGAUGGAUAGUCUAGUUUUGAGUGGGAGGGAUUCCUCUUAGAAAAUGAUAUUUAUAUAAACAGUUUGUACUAUUGUAAACCCAAUUUUGAAUGAAAGACAAUUUUUUUUGUCUUCGGAUGAGAUUGUUUAUCCGUAAGGUUGAAUCUU